AUGUUUCACAGAAAAGCUCCAUUCACCUUCCGAAAUGGCGAAGAGAUACCUGAGUUGCAGAUCGCCUACGAAACGUGGGGUCACCUGAACGCAAAGAGGGACAAUGCCAUACUUCUUCAGUGUGGGAUGUCUGCGUCGUCGCACGCUUGCUCUCACGCUCGAAAUCCAGCACCAGGGUGGUGGGAGGACUACAUCGGUCCAGGGAGGCCGCUGGACACCAACCUUUUCUUCGUAAUUUGCACCAACAAUCUCGGCGGAUGUUAUGGAUCCAGUGGGCCUUCAUCUUUUGACAGCAGCACCGGGAAGCGCUUCGGGAGUCGGUUUCCGCGCUUCGAGGUGCAGGACCAGGUUGCGGCGCAGUUCCUCCUAAUGGACCACCUGGGCAUCUCCAAAGUCCACGCUUGCGUUGGCUCCUCCUUGGGAGGUAUGCAGAGUGUUUGUGCCGCGGCCAUGUUUCCUGAUAGAGUCGGCAAGUUUGUGAGCAUUUCAGCUUGUGCAAAAAGCUUUCCGGGAAGUAUGGCUUUCCGCCAUGCACAGCGUCAGGCUAUCAUGUCAGAUCCUCACUGGAAGGGUGGUGACUACUACGAUGGCCCGCUUCCCGCAAACGGAUUGAGACUAGCACGGCAGCUCGGAACCAUCACAUACCGCUCAGGGCUGGAGUGGCAACAGCGCUUUGGGCAGAGUUUGGCCAAGGGCGUAACAAAGAGAGAAGGUUUGAAGAAUGAAUUCAUGAUCGAGUCCUACCUCGCGCACCAAGGGGAGAAGUGGGUUAACGCGUAUGAUCCGAACUCCCUGCUUUGGAUCUCCAAGGCCAUGGAUGGUUUCUCUAUGGAAAAGCCUGACAAGGAUGGCAAGCUCAGUUUGCUGGAGGGUCUGAAGCCAGCAAUGAUGCCUGCUUUGGUGAUCGGCGUGCAGCACGACGUGCUGUUUCCUGUCUGGCAGCAGAAGGAGAUUGCCGACACUUUGAGAAAGGCAGGCAACGGACGGGUUGUCUACUACGAGCUGGACUCCGUUUAUGGGCACGACUCCUUCCUGUUGGAUGCUGUUGCCAUUGGCCCGGCCGUCAAAGGCCAUCUUGAGCAAGAGCCCGACGGAGCUCGCCAUAUUUGGGAGGACCUUGCAGCCAGUGCUAUGGGCUUUCUUCAGGCCAGUGCCCAGCGUGGGAAUCAGGCCGACAGCAUGAGAGACAUCUUCCGAGCGCUCGGGCAGGGCGAGAAGGAGGUGGAGCGAGACCGCCUCAAGUCCAUGGUGAAGCUUGUUUGGUCUGGACGGGUCAAUGAGGCCGCCGUCGACAAGGCUUUCGAUGCAAUGGCGAAAGAGCCCUUGAUGCAGAUUGAAGAGUUUAUGGCGAUGCGACAGGUGUUGUCUGAAGCAAUGUCUGACACAUAUCUACCCUAG